AUGUUCGUCUGUUGUCCGUUCUCUCGGGCGCCGCAGGUGGAGCGCAUCGUUUCGCUGGCCGUGCCCAUACUGUUCGGCAUCAUCGUGGUGGUCGGACUGCUUGGCAACCUGCUGGUGGUGAUCGUGGUGAUGGCCAACCAGCAGAUGCGGAGCACCACCAACCUGCUGAUCAUCAACCUGGCGCUGGCCGACCUGCUGUUCAUCGUGUUCUGCGUGCCGUUCACCGCCGUCGACUACAUGCUGCCGUACUGGCCGUUCGGCGACGUCUGGUGCAAAAUGGUGCAGUACCUGAUCGUGGUGACCGCGUACGCKAGCGUCUACACGCUGGUGCUCAUGUCSCUGGACCGUUUCCUGGCCGUCGUCCACCCGAUCGCCUCCAUAUACGUGCGCACCGAGCGGAACGCGUCGUCCGCCAUACUCGUCACGUGGGUGCUGAUCGUGCUGCUCGCGUUACCUGUUCUCGCCAGACACGGCGAGGUCACGUACACGUUCUCCAGCACCGAGCACACGGCGUGCAUAUUCCUCGACCGCGACCAGAAGACCCGACCGGACGGUUACAACAAGCCCGCGUACCAGAUAUUCUUCUUCCUCACGUCGUACGCGAUACCUCUGGCUAUCAUAUGCAUCCUGUACGUGCUGAUGCUGAUGAGACUGUGGAAAGGAGUGAACCCAGGCGGACAACCACCGUCGGCAGAGAGCAGGAGGGGAAAGAAACGAGUGACCCGAAUGGUCGUUGUCGUGGUCGCCAUAUUCGCYUUCUGCUGGUUCCCGAUACAGGUUAUAUUGGUGCUAAAAAGCAUUAACUAUUAUGAAAUCACGACGAUCAGUGUUAUCGUCCAGAUAGUCAGCCAUUGUCUUGCGUACACCAACUCAUGCCUAAAUCCAAUAUUAUACGCGUUCUUGUCGGAAAAUUUCCGGAAGGCAUUCAGAAAAGUGAUAAUUCCAUGGAGACCGGAAGUGAACGUCCAAGGAAGAUUUGCAAAUGGAGACGCCCGGUCGAUGGCUGUCACUAGGACGACUAGGACGACUAACAACGAUAUUCUUUGAAAUAUUGGAAAGAAAACAUCGAAAUAAGACCAUGGAUAAAACAUUUAAGAUCCGAGUGACACGAGAACGUAUAUCAAACACGGAGCUCAAUACAAAAUGAAAACCAAUAUUGCAUGUUACUAUACAUAAACGUAGUCAAAAUACAAUAUUAUAUAUACUAUAUAUAUCGUAAUAUUAUAGAUGUAAAAUAAGUAUGUUAAAAUUAAUGAGAUUAUAAUAAGUUACUAUUGUAAGUCAAAUUAUUAUAUUACCACUUUGUUGCUUUCAUGUUAAAUCAUAAGAUAUUUUUUAAAAUACCAACACCUUAGAAUGUAUCUAAACGUAUGAUGUACGUAUUAAUCAUAAUUCAAAAAACAUUUUCAAGUACGUAUUCGUUUUGUUGAUGUAAAUAAAAACGCGAUUGUAUACAAUAAAAAUUUUUUUUAAUAUAAUAAUA